ACGGCCGCGGCCGGUGGGCGGAGCCGGCUCUCGGCGGAAGCGCCCUGCUAGGGGAGAGGCCGAGCUGAGCAGCGGGCGCCUGGGGACCGCUGGGGACAGACAGGUAGUGGGGUCGCCUGCAGGGCUCACGACAGAUCUACCGGAGAGGGGCUCUCUGUUCGGGAGGGGACUCCGCUGGAGGGCGGGGCGGGGCCCCAGGUAGGGGUUGCUGUAGGUACCGGGGGCCGCUCAGCCGGCGAGGACAGGAUCACCGGGCUGGACGGGGACCUGUGGAUGCCCCAUCCUCAUCGCCGGCGCCCUACCUUGGAUGCUGGGUGGGGGCUCUAGGGCGCACAGCUGGCGGGGAGGGGUCCUGGUUCCUAAAGCCCUGCCCUCGCCCCCCCAGGAUGGGCAGCAGCUCGCUGUCCGAGGACUACCGCCAGUGCCUGGAGCGAGAGCUGCGGCGCGGCCGCGCGGGCGUGUGCGGGGACCCGUCGCUGCGCGCGGUGCUCUGGCAGAUCCUGGUGGAGGACUUCGACCUGCACGGGGCGCUGCAGGACGACGCGCUGGCGCUGCUCACCGACGGCCUGUGGGGCCGCGCCGACCUGGCCCCCGCGCUGCGCGGCCUGGCCCGCGCCUUCGAGCUGCUGGAGCUGGCCGCCGUGCACCUGUACCUGCUGCCCUGGAGGAAGGAGUUCACCACCAUCAAGAUGUUCUCGGGGGGCUACGUGCACGUGCUGAAGGGUGCGCUGUCCGAGGACCUCCUCAUUCAGAGCUUCCAGAAGAUGGGCUACGUGCCCAGGGACAACCACUGCCUCAAGGUGACUGCCCUGCCCCCCGCCCACCAGCUCGUGCAGGUGGCCCUGGGCUGCUUCGCCCUGCGGCUGGAGUGUGAGAUCCUGGGCGAGGUGCUGGCACAGCUGGGCACCAGUGUGCUGCCGGCAGAGGAGCUGCUGCAGGCACGGAGGGCCAGCGGAGAUGUGGCCUCCUGCGUGGCGUGGCUGCAGCAGCGGCUGGCCCGGGAAGAGGAGCCGCCGCCCCUGCCACCCCGGGGCUCCCCUGCUGUAUUCCGGGCCCAGCUGGACCUGUACCGGGACCUGCAGGAGGAUUCGGACUCGGACUCAGACUCAGAAGAGGCCAGCCUGUAUGGAGGGCCCUCUCCCGGCCCAGGCUCCCCCUCCUUGGAGCCGGCCUACCGUCCUCUGCCUUGGGAGCAGAGUGCCAAACUGUGGGGCCCUCAGGGUGAGGCCUGGGAGCCCAUGGAGGAGGCUGAGGCACUGCAGGAAGUCAGCAGUCCGCCCCGCAGCCCGCCCUACGGGGCCUUGGAGGAGGGAGAGCCAGAGCCUGAGGCCUUCUCCUUCCUUUCCCUGCGCAGAGAGCUGAGCCGGCCCGGGGACCUGGCCGCUCCCAAAGCCCCUGGGAGCCCCAGCCCCCAGCACGUGCACGGGCCCAUCGCCGAGCCCCCAGGCUACCAGGUGCACAGCUGCCUGGCCCCUGGUGCCCUGCCCACCCGCUGCUGCGACACAUGCCGCCAGCUGCACACUGCCCACUGCGCCUCCCUGCCCGCCUGCCGCCUGGGCCAUGAGCUACGCGCACUGCUUGGCGACGCCCACCAGCGCCUGUGGCUGCAGCGCGCAGAGGUGGACACCCUGCUCUACAGCAGCCCCGGGGCCCGGCCUUAGGCCCAGCCAGGCCCCUGGUCAAGGGCUUCCCCAGUGUUUCCGUGGUGCUUCUCCAGCCCUGGUCCCCUCCCAGGCCCAGGCCACUGCUGCCCCAGACAGAAGAGUCCUGGCUCAGCGUCCUGCCCAAGGUCACAGGUAGGGCGGGGUCUUGGCUCCCAUGGAAAGUUCCUCUUACCCAGACCCACCCCCACCUCAGACCCAUGCCCGAACGUGCUGUGUAGAAGGGUCUAGCCCAUGUGACCGUUAUCAAGGCACCCAAGCCUGUCCCUAUGAAGGACCCUCCCCCUCCCCCGUGGGGGCCCCAUGGUCAGCCAGGAGCCCCUGAUGCUCCCUGUGGUUUUGAUUUGGGACAUGCUGCCUCCAGGUGUCCGGGGGACACCCCACAUAGGUGUCCAGAGGGCUCUGCCAGGUGCAUGGCUGACCUGGCUGUGGAGGCCUGGCCCCUCACUGUGGGUGUCACUGGACACGUGCCCUGGUCACAGCUGUGAAGGAAGCUGGGUCCGUGGAUGGAGGAGAUGAUCUGAUCUCAAACCAGAGAGGGUGCCCGAGCUCUGGAGGGCAGGCAACAGCAGGCAGGGGCUGAUGGAGCCUGGACCGGCCGUCAGUCACUUCUGGGCACAGCCCCCAGGCUUCCCAUGAAGCCCACCCCAGGCCCAACGGUAAACACGUGUGCCUGCCAAAGCCCUCGGCGCCGGUGGCACCCCCGCGCGGCCUCUCCUUACUGGCCCCGUCCACCCCACCCCUUUCCCAGCACUCGUCACAGUACAGAACCCCCACACAUUAAAAGGACACAACCACCUGCCUGUCAGGAAAGCUUUUAUC